AUGGAUUUAACAAUGGAUUUAUCAAUUCGUAAACAACCUCAACAACAAUCUCCAGUCGCUCCAUCACGACCCAUUCUCAAUCCAGCCGGACCUUCGAGUAUGUUACAAGGUUCAGCUGGUCGAAAUUCGCCACUCUUACCUCCACCAUCCUCAGCGACAGUAGCAGCAGCAGCAGCAGCAGCGCCUGUUGUAUCGCACAAUCCUGUUCAUCACCAACAAAUUAAGCAACAAUCCCACCAAUAUGUCCCAAUUCCUCCAGCUGUUCAACAACAGCUCACUCAAGCGCAGCAACAUCAGCAACGAAUUAUGCAACAAACCAAAUACGUUCAAUUACUCAACGUUAUCGAAGAAAUGGGUAAAGAUAUCAAGCCUACCUAUGCUGGAAGCAAAAACUCGGCUGAACGUUUAAGACGCGCUAUUGCAUCAGCUCGUGUUCUAGUUCGAGAAUGUCAACUUGAAUGUGAUCGCAAUAGCCGACCUUAA